AUGGAGUUCUGUAAUGUUUAUAUNCAAUAAUUUCUUAAAGGAAAGAAUUUUGCCUUUGAAAUUCCAAUACCAAUAUCUGUAGCUGAUGAAUAUGAAAGUAUAAGACAAUAAAGUUCUGUUCCAAAAAUAUAGUAAUUAAAAUAAACUUAAACUGCUACUUUAAUAAAAUUAUCAACCUUAAAGUUACAUCCUACUAAAACCAAAUAGCCAAUCAUUAAAUUAAAUGAUUUUUAAAAGAAACUUCCAUUAGAGGAAAUGAUUAGAUAACGUUUAGAAAUGAAAUUUGAAAUUCCAACCACUUUUACAGAGACAAUAAGGAACAGAAAAUUCUCUAGUAAUUUAGAAUUAAUAAGAUUAACACAUGAAAGAGAUGGAAUUGCUUUGAGUGUAGAACAUUAAAAAAGAGGCUUAAUUAGAUAUGCCUAGAAAUUGCUGAAUUAAUAAUAAAUUACUUAUCUAUGA